CCAAUCAGGAGGCGACUUCCGCCCGGUGGCCCCGGGCGACGUCUGGAUAAAAAUGUGAACAGGUGGUCGGUGGGUCGGAGAACUUUAGGUCGGGAGUCAGGGCGAGGAGACCGAGGUACUACACUCAGCAUGUCCGACGCCGAGGCGCAGAGCGCUCCACCUGCGGCCCCCGAGGAAGACAAGCCACAAGCAGAAAGAAAAGUCUUAGCCACCUUGGUGCAAGGGAGAGUAAAGUGGUUCAACGUACGUAACGGAUAUGGCUUCAUAAACAGGAAUGAUACCAAGGAAGAUGUUUUUGUUCAUCAGACUGCAAUCAAGAAAAACAACCCGAGAAAGUUCCUGCGGAGUGUUGGGGACGGUGAGGUGGUCGAGUUUGAUGUGAUCGAAGCUGUCAAGGGUUCGGAAGCAGCCAACGUGACUGGCCCCGGCGGGGUGCCCGUUAAGGGCAGUCGAUACGCGCCCAACAAGCGGCGCUUCCGGCGGCGGUUCUUCCCGCGGCCCGGCGACAAGGCCGCAGACGGCCGGCCCGUCGGCGACGACGAGGAGGGGCACGCGGAGAACGGCAGACCCCAGCAGCGCCGCCAAAGGCCUCCCCGACCGCGUCCGGAGCCGCAAAACGGUGAAGCUGGUGAGCCAAAAGCCACAGGAGAAGAUCAAGCACAAUCAAGACCACCACGACGUCGGUUCUGGCGGCCGUAUCGGCGUCCGUUCCGUCCGCGGCCUGCUUCGGAUCAGCCGAAGGCGGAAGAUCAGCAGCAGCGGGCUAGCGCGCCCGAGGACCAACCGGAAUCAUCCGAAAACGACGGCGGUGCCGGCGACGGGCCGAAGCAGCGGCGCCAGGCCGGCCGCCGCCGGCAGAGGAACUCUGAGUCAUCUGUCUCCAAAAACGGUACUGAGAAGUCUGCCUCGGAAACCGGUACCCCUCCUCAGACAUCCAAGGUGGAUGUGCAAGUCAAAUCCCAGAAGGGCUCCCUUCAAAGUUCGCCCAAAUCGCCAGAGCAAGCCGCUGACACAACUGUCCCGGCGCCGACUGAGUGACGUCCCCGAGCGGACAGUCGUGGGACCCUCGAAGAGGUGCAGAUGAACCUUUUAGUUCAGUGUUAAAUGUUAGCAGGCCAAAUGGUAACAUUUUAUCCAGUUUCAAUAGCCUUUUUUUUGUUUGUUUUUUUUGUGUUGUUGUUUUUUGGUACCUCCAUUUUUGUAAUGGGUCCAUGUGUUGAAGGACUGGCCCUAUUUGAGAACGCACAUCUCCCCUCCUUGUAUGCCCCAAAACCUGCUUCGCCCCUCGGCCCACCUGUGCCCCUUCCUCCGUAGGACGCAGGUGUCGAAACAGGGGACGGGUGUCUAAUUUGAUCUUUACAAGGGGCAAAAAAAAAAAAAAAAAAAGGGAAAUCAAAUGACCGGUACUUGCCCAAAUUCCCUAUUUAAACAAAUGAAUUUUCUUUAAAUUGACGCAUCAAGUAGUUACUACAGGAACUAGCCUUGAUUUUUAUUUAACUUUUUAAUUUAUUUGAAGAGGGGAGAACAAAGCAGCUGCAUUACGGGGCUGGGAUUUGGUACCGCCAGACAAUUCUUAAAGGCUCGUUAUCGUUCGUUAUCCUUGUCAGAGGGUGCAUUAUUAAUGGAAAGACUUUAGUUUUUGUUUGACUUUUGAAUUUUCUUUUUUUUUCUUUUUUUUUUUUUUUUUUUUUUUCCAUGGAGGGGAUUAUGUGCAAUGUUAAGCCAAUGAUAAUAAAACCAUGUUUGCAAUCCUGAUCUGUUUUUAUUGCAGUUUAUUUACAUCUGGGCAGAAAAUGUACUUCUAACAUGAUUUGAAAUUAAUAUCUACACGAGGUAUUGACGGAAUAGAUUUUCUUCUAAUAAGUAGGAAAGCACUCCAAAAGCCCAGCUGGCUCAAUGUUGUUCACUACACUGAUGGGCAUUUGGCUAAAUUUGCUUGAUGUGAAAGCUAUUGCAAAAAGUUGAGAUUGUGCUUAAUAUUGGCUAGUGAAAAGAUGGAACGUCAAAGAUGACUUUGCAUGACUUUUCAAUAAAUCAUUGAAUGUUGCACAUGUUAUGAUUUUUGUAAUUUUAGCAUCACUCAUCUGGUAAUGUUUAAAAUUGGGUUGGUGUUAGCCAAAAAUCCAAGACCGCUUUGUUUUUCUGCAAUGUUUUUUUAAUACCUGAAUAAUCCAUUUUUGCUGACAUGCCAUUAUAAAAAAAAAAAAAAAAUGGAAAACUUUUGUAUUUUACCAUCUGGUAGUGAUUUGACAAGGCACCUAACAACUUUGCUUACACACUGACAAAAAUGCAAAAUGUCUACAAUUUAGCAUGGUUACAAAUUGCUCUUGGAUGAAAAUGUCUGGGAAAAGUUGUUUUGUAGGACUUCCUGGAUUUAGUUAUCGAACUUUACUCACCAUGUGACAAAUAUGUAAUUCAGCGUUACCAUGCGUCUGUCGAAUACACUUGGUUAAAGUCAGAUGAAAUGUUUGAGAUGAGUUCCUGUUUUGAGGCUUUUUUUUUUUUUUUUUUUUUUUCUUUU